ACAGGGAACAAUUAGAAAGUACACCGGCACAGGAAGAAACAUGGCGACAGAUACAUCAAACGAAGAGGCACCUCAAUCAGGCAUUCCACAGACUGAAUUUGUGGAAGAUGUGGAGGCGUACAUGAAGAGAGCCGACAACAAUGAGUCUGCGGAAGUGGUGCUGAAACGACUGGAUGAGAUGCACAGUAAAUACAAGUUCAUGGAAUAUAACCUCAACACAAAGAAAACUAGAUUAAAGUCCCAGAUUCCAGAUAUAACAACAACUCUUAGCAUCGUUAAACACUUGCAAUUAAAGAAGGAAUCCCCGAAGGCAUUAGAAGCCAGCUUUCUUCUAUCAGAUCAAGUGUACGCCAAAGCGAAAAUACCACCGACAGAUAAAGUGUGUUUGUGGCUUGGGGCAAAUGUUAUGUUAGAAUAUAACCUUGAUGAUGCUGAAGCUUUGUUAGAGAAGAAUUUAAAUGCUGCCAAGAAAUCUUUGUCACAAGUAGAAGAGGACCUGGGUUUUCUAAGAGAUCAAACUACGACGUUAGAAGUCAAUAUGGCUCGCGUGUACAACUGGGAUGUGAAGCGGAGACAAGGAACCAAGACGUCCCCAGCAAUCAAGUCUUAGCUGUGCUGUCCCCUCAUCAGCCGAUAUUCAUGUGGAAUAUUUCUGAUCCAUUUUGUCAUCUGAUGUACAUGCCUGUAUAUUACAUUGUGAAUGUUUCAGUUUCUGACGGCUGUGUUCAGCGAGGACUGAGAAGCUUAAUUGUACAGAUUUCUUUACUGCCUGCAGAUGAUGCAGAACUGUGUUAGACUCUCUCCGUCUCCGUAAUUGGUUACCGUAGUUACACGAGUAACUGAUGUCAUACAGUGACACGGCUAGAAAAUCAGUGAUAUGAAAGUGAUGUUAUUAUCUCCCUUUGAAAGUGUGUCUGAUGGUUGGACAGAGGCUAUCUCUGUCAUAACAUUUCAAGAUGUAAUUUCAAAUUCCAUAUUUCACAUUUCUGUCCAUGCAGUCUACAUCUGGAUGUGUUGUUUUGUGUGUGCUAUCAAAAGUAUCUGAUUUAGAAAAAUAACAUUAUUUUGGUGAAGAGAGUUAUGGCAAUCUUUCACUUCGUCGAUGUUCUCGAUGCAUAUCUCAGCUUACUAAAGUCUCAUAUAUUAGGACUGUUUCCUACAGACUGGUACAUGUAUGCCCUAAACUUCUCACAGAAAAUAAAUUCAAGCUAAAACAUA